UAGACGGUACCACGAUGGGCUCCUUGUCCGAUGAUAGUUUUGUGACGGAUGAGAUGACGUCACAAUCUCCCCAAGUACUCACGCCACUAAGUCGAACAGGGUAUCUGCUUACCGCCCUCUAUCUGACCUUUGUGGGAGUCGUAGCUUCAAUAGGAAACAUCACUGUCCUCUGUGUCCUCUGUCGGUACGGUACAUUCCGGAAACGAUCCGUCAACAUCCUUCUCAUGAAUAUGGCCAUAAGCGAUCUGGGUGUGUCGAUAGCCGGCUAUCCGCUCACCACAAUAUCCGGAUACCGAGGUAAAUGGUUGUUCGCGGACAUCGGAUGCCAGUUCAGCGGGUUUUGCGUCUACACGUUGUCUUGCAGUACGAUCAGUUCCCACGCGGUCGUUGCGAUCUAUCGAUACAUCUAUAUCGUCAAGCCAAACCUUCGUCCGAGGCUUUCGACAUGGAACAGCUGUCUAUGCCUAUUCGGUAUUUGGGCCUUCUCCCUGUUCUGGACCGUCGCGCCCUUCUUCGGCUGGAGCAGUUACACCUACGAGCCGUUCGGCACAUCGUGUUCGAUAAACUGGUUUGGUAACACUCUAGGUGAUAAAUCCUAUAUGAUAGCCUGUACAGUCUUUGUCUUCAUCCUCCCGAUCGCCAUCAUGCUUUACUGCUACAUAAAAGUAGCUAAAAAAAUCAAAGGUAUCAAUCCUUUGCGAGCAGAGGAGAGAGAUAUGGGCGUGGUCGUGUUCGGGAAACUUCGAAAACACGAGGCAAAGAUCGAUUCCCACGUGACAAAGAUAUGCUUCAUGAUGAUGGCAAGUUUUAUCAUUGUUUGGACACCAUACGCUGUUGGUAGCAUAUGGGCUUCUCAAGUCGACAAAGUAAGUGCAGCCGCUUCAGUCGUCCCGACCAUGUUCGCCAAGAGUUCGUGUAUGAUCAACCCCAUAAUAUUCCUCACAUCAAGUUCCAAGUUCCGGCAUGACCUGGGCAAGUUGUGGAAUCGCCCAUCUCCAGAACACACCAUCCGAUUCGAAGAGCGCUCUCGGGAACAACGUUCUUUUUACGUCCGACAGAGCGCCCUCUCUGACGCCAUGGGAAGCCAUUCUGCAUCUGUCUACUAUGACAAGGAGCGAAUAUACAUCGGAGAAAUGCAUGCGGCGAGCAUCCAGAAAGAAUCAGACCUCUUGCAACGUGACCCAGAGGCCAUAUCAAUAGGGUCGUCUACGAAUUCUAGUCUGCAAUUUGUCCUCAAAGAUCGACAAAAGCGCUAUAAGAAAAAAGCGGGAGAACCUAGCAAGAAAGGUGUAGAUACUCCCCAUUUCCCAUAUGACGACAGUGAGAGAGGCGUCAUUGGCAAAUGGAUGAGGCCGAGAUCGCAUUCAGUCGUAUCUGACAAUAUCAACAGAGAUGCCAUUCAGUCAGUGAAAAGACCUACCAAGAAACGAUCUGUGUCUCAGCCGGACAUCCACGGUGCAUCGGCAGAACUUUUCAUCGUGAGUCCUACUCGCAGUACAAAUUUUCAGAAGUAAUCCAGAUACCAAAUUCUGGGGUUAGAAUGUACAACACCAAACCGGUGUUAGUUCACUCAUCGUGUUAUCUGGACACAGAAGAGUGAACCUUUAAAUCUUUAAAGAGAUUUGUUUAUAAAUGGGUACUCUCUCUUAUUCAUGUUGAUUUUUAACAAGAAGUAUUACCUUUUCA